AUAUACUGGACUCGUCAGUGGAAGGGUUUAGUUAAAAAUAUUGACAAACUGUAUGAAUUAAAUAUUUUUUAUACAAACAAAAGAAAACGGUGGUACAUAACCUUAGUGCCAUUGUGACUUUUUAUUUUAUUUUACUUUUUUUUUUUUUUUUUUUUUUUUUUGAUAAUGAGAAGUAGACGUUUUCUGGAAAGGCGAAACGCAUAGUAACUGUACUUUCUUACUACCUGCUUCAGGUAGACUACCACAAUAUUGUUGAAUUAUUUUUCAUUAAAAUAUUGACGAAGGUCUUUGGGAUCAUGAAAAGAAGUUUGUCAGAAAUUUCCACUCGAGCUACAGCAGGUUGCCUUUCUGUGCCACUCUUCAAUCAGAAAAAAAGGAACAGACUACCACUUACCUCAAAUCCUAAUGAAUGUAAUCUAAGCUCUAAUAAUGCACAGUACUCCAGCCAGAAAUUUGAGGUUUCUGUCCAGACAUCUGAAGGCACCACGGGAUUUUCUCAAAACAAAGUAACAAGUGACUUCAGAGUUGAACAGAAGAGCACCAUAAAGAAUCAAUCUGGAUGCCCAAGUUCAAGUCUUAGUUCAAAUGCCACAAGGAAUAAAAUGACACCAUUGUCUUACCCAGGACAUUUAAACAGUAGGUCUCAGGUGCAGCAGAAUGUUAAUACAAGUAUGUGGAAGAAAACUGACAGCCCAUCUCUCAGCAGCAGCAAAAAAAAUGAUGUCAGUUGUAGAGAAACAAUUCACAGACAGAGCACUCAUGUGAGUACCUCCAGUCAGUGUAGAGAACCUGCACCACACAUGAGUCAAGCAGGUACCCAAGGACAAAGAUAUCGGUUCACGUUGCAAAGGUCAAAAAGUUUUGCCUCGGAUACUGCAAGCAAAGGGCUCAAACUUCAGAAUGCAUCAUGGCAACGUCAGCCCUUUGCUCAGCAGAAUAAUUUCUGUGGGAAGAAUAGUGCUUGUCUUCCAAAUACUGUAGUAAUUCAGAAACCACCAGCAUUUCCAGUACAACAAGUAGAGAAGGAUCAUUCGUUACGGAUUCUAAGUGCAGCAGUCAAUGGUAUGAAACACUGGAGCCAGUACAGCUGUAGAACACCUUUGCUAUUUGAAGUGAUAGCAAUGCUGGACUCUGCUGUGACAAAUGGCGCUCAUGGUGCCAAGACUUUCCUUUUAAGAAGUGGAAAGGAUACUGUACAAUGCAUCUUUUAUGAAACUGAUCGUGAUCUUCCAAGGCUGAUUAGAGGCCAGAUUCACAGAUGUGUGGGCAGCUAUGACAAGGAAAGAUAUCUUUUUAAGUGUGUAUCAGUAAGGCCUGCUUCGACUGCAGAAAAAGCAGUGUUCCAGAGGUUUAUAGCAGCCACAGAUGCUGAAAUGCGAAACUAUGUUAAAGGACUGAGUGAAAUUUGAAAAUAUGUUUGCAGUAAUUCAAAUUCAAAAGUGAUGCAUGCAGUUUAUUAAUAACAUGCAGUUUAGCAGUUGUGCAGGUUUUAAGGGAUGGCAACACAGACUGAUUAAAAAAUCUUUUUUGAGUCAUGGUUCAUAUUUCCAUUGUGAAAACUGCAGUGGUUGUUUUAUUCUGUUGUAUAGACAUCCCAUUUUGUUUGGUUUUGUAAAAUGUUCUUUCCUAGUUUGUGCCUUUGAUAUUUUACAGGCUUGACACCAGAUAAUCAUCUCUAAGUGUGUGUGUAUGUUUGUGUGUGUGUGCAUGUGUGUUUGUGUGUGUGCACGUGCAUAUGCGUG